UGAAAGCAAGGCUAACUAGGUGUUUGGGGUGGUGGUUCUAGGUCAGAUCAGGGGGGGGAGAUGGUUAUAAACCUGGCUGGUGGUGUAGAAACGAGGAGGAAACCAGAAGAGUUUCCAAUUGCCAGCUCUGCGUCACCUCAAACGGAGGACAACAUGACCUGCGGGCGGCUUCUUGUUCUCUACCUGGCCGCGGUGCUGGGGCCGCAGCCGCCUCUCGUAGACGGCCACCAGAAGGCACUAGAGACGCACAAGGUGAGCGUCGGGCGCUUCUUUAUCCUGAAGUGUAGCCCGGGUCAUACCAAUGUGACAUGGAAAAGAGGGGGGAGCAACUCGAGCCUGCCUGCCGGGGUGGAGGUUAAAGAUGCGGAGCUGUGGUUUCUCCCUGUGGUCCAGGCCCAUGAUGGAAAAUACAUCUGUCACAACAGAAAGGAGAGGGUGUAUGAGGUGCGGGUGUCUAACGAGCUGUGUCCUGCUGCGGUCGAGUCCAAACGAAUGAAACAAGGGCCUCUUCACUGUAAACUGGAUCUCCCCCGAGGAACGACUCGUACUGCCCCUGUGGAGUGGCUUAAGGAGUGUGUGCCUGUCAAUCUGGCUGGUGGAAACCUGGAGGUGACACAGAAGGGGGACCUUAGGUUCCUGAGGGACUCAGAAACAAACGCUGGCCUCUACACCUGCCUGCUGCACAUGUCUCUGGGAGAUAACAACUACACCGCUGCCCGCUCCCUCAACCUCACCCUCGGCAACACAACUUUCCUGUAUAAACCCAUGUUGGUGUAUCCGAAGGUGGAGACAAAGGAGAUAGUGGAAAUAGGUUCCAGAAAGGAGCUGCGCUGUAAGGCCUACCUGGGCAACAGAGACGAUGGUACUAACAUGUACUGGACCAUCAACGGACACCAUUUCAACACAUCUCCACAUCUCCACUAUUCCCAGAAAUAUGCAGAGGAGGAUGGUGCUGUCUAUGGCAUGUCAUCCUUGGUCAUCUCUUCGGUGGUCCCUGAGCUGCUCGACAUCCCAAUCAGCUGUCAUCUCCUCAACCCUGCAGGACAGGGGCAGGGAACCUUUCGGCUUCACAAAGCGGACCACCGCGGUCUCUAUGUGUGUGUGCUGGCCCCCCUGACCGUGUGUCUGCUGGGGCUAGCCCUGGCUCUGGGGAUGCUCUUCAGGAUGGAGCUGGUGUUGGCCUACAGGAGGUUGAAACGGCUUUUCAUAUCCCUGGAGGUCUCAGAUGGUAUGCUGUACGACGCCUACGUGAGCUAUCAGUACAGCGGUGAGGGUCAUUCGUCCGAGGUCGUGACCUUUGCCCUCAAGGUCCUGCCCGAGGUUCUGGAGAAGCGGCACGGCUUCAGCCUCUUCAUCCGAGGACGGGACGACUCUCCCGGAGAAGCGCUGCAUGAUGUCAUCGCCGAGGCAGUGAGCAAGAGCCGGCGACUGGUACUCAUUUUGUCCGGGCAGGAGACUCUGAAACAUCACCCCCCCACCCCAGCCCAUCACAACUGGCCUACGAGCACAGCGUGGGCCUGUACGAUGCCUUGA